GCGACCCCAACGUCCCAGAGGCGGGGCCGCAGUUAUCUGAGACGCUACUUGGAGCCUUCUUCUGCGUGCCCAACAAACGGGCCCAACAACCAAAACCCUAGCUUGGCGGCGGCCGUGACAAUAGCGCCGGUGGAUCUUCGUGCUCCUGGUUCCCCGAGGCGCCCUCCGGGCCCGGGAAGCACCGUACUGAGGAUUACAGAGUGAAUAAAUCAUUCACCAAAUAUAGAGCCUGUAGUUCCUCCAGCCUGCAGUCCCAGAUGAAUACCAGGUUUCCUUCAAGCAAGAUGGUACCUUUCCACUUUCCUCCAUCAAAAUUGGCACUUUGGAACCCAAUGCCAAUUGGAGAGUGUAUCUACCUACAUCUCAGCUACUACAGAAAGCCAAAGCUUAUGGUAACUGAAAAGGCUAUCCGCCUGGCUUACCGCCAUGCUAAGCAGAGCAAAAAAAAUGUGCCGUGCUUCCUACUUGGCUCUCUCACAGUGGAUGAAGACGAAGAAGGGGUGACCUUGACCAUAGACCGCUUUGAUCCUGGUAGAGAAUCCCCUGAAUGCUUAGAAAGAACUCCUACUGCUGCUCUUCCUGGAGAUUUUUUGAUCCCCUGCAAAGUUCAUACUCAAGGACUUUGUUCAAGAGAUACGAAAGUUCAUAAUGCAGAUGACUUCAGUUCAGCUUUAAAGGCUUUACAGCACCAUGUGUGCAGCAAAGACCUCUUGGACUGUGGGAAGCUGCUUUCCUUACGAGCCCAAAUCACCCCCAGGGAGAGUUUGGGCGGUGUGGAUCUUAACUUGCAGUGGACAGCAGUGACUCUAGCAAAUCCUUUCAAGUGUGUACCUGUGAAACCCAUCCCCAUUAUUCCUACAGCACUGGCAAGAAACUUAAGUAGUAGUCUGAAUAUUUCUCAAGUUCAGAGAACCUGUAAGCACGGAUAUAUUACUAUGGAUGAAACACGCAAAUUGUUACUUUUGCUGGAAUCAGAUCCCAAGGUUUAUUCUCUACCAUUAGUGGGAAUCUGGCUGUCUGGAAUUAUACAUAUCUAUAGCCCUCAGGUAUGGGCUUGCUGCUUGAGAUACAUAUUCAGUUCUUCUAUUCAGGAAAGGGUUUUUUCAGAAUCUGGAAAUUUCAUCAUAGUUCUUUAUUCAUUGACACAUAAGGAACCUGAGUUUUAUGAGUGCCUGCCUUGUGACAGUAGGACACCCGAGCUGCAGUUUCAGUUACUGACCAACAAGGAGACUUUCCAUCUUUUCAAUAAUGUUGAACCUUCUAGCAAAAAUCUAAUGCAUUUUGAACUCAGUGCUGAGAGUCAAGAUGCUGAAGCGGAGGCCGAGCUUUUUAGCAAGAUUUCCAAGGAUCUGUCAGUUAAGAGAGCCUCCCAAAAAGUAUCUCCUGGGAAAAUACCAAUAAAUAAGUGUGACACUGACCUUGAAGAUGAAGACUUUUCUCCAAGACCGAUUCCCAGUCCUCAUCCAGUGAGUCAGAAGAUUUCUAAGAUCCAGCCAUCUGUUCCUGAACUUUCGCUUGUAUUAGACAACAACUUCACAGAAUCAAGUAACCAGUCUAAGCCAGUGGAAGUGAUGGCUGUGGAGAAUCCUUUGUUGAUUAAGUCCUCACAGCCUGAGCUUUGUGAUGACAAACACAGCUCAGAGGCUAACACUGGGGGGCCUUUCCUGCAGGGACUGCCAAAUCAGUUAAGCCAGGACACGGCUUUAAGACAGUGCAGAGGAAAGCAGUCAUCUACCUGUACGAAAGAGAGCCUCCCGUUCAGGAGCACUAAUGCUAAGCCUUCUCUCAAUGCGCCAUCUCCUGAUGUAGCUGAGAAACUCCAAGCAGUGUCUGCAGGGAGCCUGUCAAAGGAAGACUACCCCGGGAGACCGUCCUCACUGGACUCUAGGCAGCCCUCUCUUGCUCCACAGGCCCACCCACACAAUCUUGUUUUUUCACCCCAUAAUUCAACAAGACCAAUGGAGCUUCAAGUACCCACUCCUUCAUUACCAUCCUACUAUUCCACAAACGUCUGCAGCUGUUGUCAGCAUCAUGGCCAUAUUCAGUUUAGUACAAUAAAUUCUUGGCAGGGAAAUACAGUAGGGUCCGUUCAAGACCUCCGACCUGAAGCCCUUCCAAAACAUGCAUUCUUCCACUCAAGUGGAUGUCCAUCUCUGUGUCCUAAUGCCAUCUACUCAUCAAGUAGCCCUGUUACCAUGAAGCCUCAAGGAGGGGUGGACACCUAUUCUCCCCACAGCAAUGGAGAACCGUCCCCUGUGGCAGGACCUUCACAUGUGGACUCGUGUGUGCCACAUCCCUGUGCCGUGUGCAUGCGCACACCCACUACAGCCCCAGACAAUGGCAUGAUGGGACUGUCUCCUGAUGCGUACCGCUUUGUCACAGAACAGGACCGGCAGCUGAGACUACUUCAGGCACAGAUUCAGCGCUUAUUAGAAGCACAGUCUCUAGAUCCUGGCUCCCAUAAGUCAGUAGCCACUGAGGAAGACUCUGUGAAAGCGGCACGACAGAUGGAGCUGGUUUCCGUGGAAGCACAGUCUUCACCUGGCUUGCACAUGAGAAAAAGUGUAAGCAUUGCUGUGAGCACAGGUGCUAGCUUGUUUUGGAAUGCAGCAGGUGAUGAUCAAGAGCGUGAUGCACAGCUGAAGCAAGACGAUACCAAGAUUUCCAGUGAAGACAUGAAUUUUUCUGUAGAUAUUAAUAAUGAAGCGACAAGUCCUCCAGGCAGUGCAUCUUCCUUAAAAGCAGUUGACAUUCCUAGUUUUGAAGAAAGCAACCCUGCUGUGGAAGAAUUUAAUCAACCACUUCCUGAAUCCAACUCUUCAGAACAGAGCAAAGAGCCGGAUGUUCCUGUGUUCUUCCCAAAUGCUUUGCUGGCUGAAAGUGUGAGCAUGUGCUUACAGACUGCGCCAGCAGAGGGAGCCAGGAACAGCACUGAAUCACCACAGGGAACAAAAGUUGAGCCCUUUGGGCCAUCUGAUAACAAAAUUUACCAGGACUUGUUGGGUCAGGUGAACCACCUCCUGAGUAACUCCUCCCAGGAAACGGAUCAACCACCUACCAGAGCAGUAGUUAUCAACCACGAAUGCACCAAGACCCAAAAUGCUCACCAUGCAAGGAAAAAAAGACACACUUCAGGACCGGUGGACACAGAUUGUGUACUCAGUGCAACUAUUAAACAGCUAAGGAGCCUAGGAGUGAAAAUUGAUUCUCCCACUAAAGUGAAGAAAAGUGCCCAGAAGGUGGAUCAUGCCAGUGUUUUGGCAUGCAUCAGCCCAGAAGCAGUGAUCUCUGGAUUAAACUACAUGUCGUUUGGUAACGUUGGCAUGAGCAGCUUAAGUCCCACUGGUGUGGAUUUGAGCAUGGAAGCAAAUGCCAUAGCUCUGAAGUACUUGAGUGAAAAUCAGCUGUCACAACUGUCCCUUGCUCGAUCAAACCAGAAUCACUGUGACUCGUCUUUCGGCCUUCUACAUAUUAAUUCAGACAAAAGCUCAAUGGGGCUUAGCUUAGUUUCACCAAGCAACAUGUCAUUUGCAACCAAAAAAUACAUGAAGAGAUACGGACUCUUACAAAGCAGUGACAAUAGCGAGGAUGAGGAUGAAGAGGAGCCUCCCGGCCAUGCGGACAGUGAGAGCAACCGUGUGUUGAACAGAAACCCAGCGUGCAAACCAGCACAGUGUGGUCCUGAGAGAGCGCCUUCUCGGAAUGCCUGUGAGACAGCUCAGUGCUCUAACGGUGGCUCUGAGGACACGCACACAGAUGUGCCAGUAUUGAGAAACAUCACAAACCAAGCUCUGCAGCCGAGAGCAGCAGAGCACCUGACUCAAGACCCUGCUGUCUCAUUGAGGAAUCUUAAGCCACACCCAGCAGUGAACCUCCGAACUGGAAAAGCAGAAUUUACUCGUCAUCCCGAGAAGGAAAAUGAAAGAGACAUUGCCGUUUUUCCUGAACUCUCGCAGUCUCCUGAGACUUUAAAGCAAAUGAAUAGCAUGAAUUCCGUGGGCACCUUCUUAGAUGUAAAGCGUCUCAGACAGUUACCAAAGUUAUUCUAACUCUUCAUUUCUCUUCUGUGGUGUGUGUGAGGACUAACCCUGUACUGAUAGCACUUAAGGAGGCCAGACCUUGGGAUUUGUUUGUUUUUCAAGAUAGGGUUUCUCUGUGUAACCCUGGCUGUCCUGAAACUCACUCCAGAGACCAGGGUGGCCUCAAACUCACAGAGAUCCACCUGCCUCUGCCUUCCAGGUGCUAGGUAGGAUUAAGGUUAAAGGCUUGCGUCAUCAUUGCCUGGCCAUGACCUUUGUAUGACCUUUGGGAUUUCUAAUACCUCUGAGAGUCUUUUCCCUGUUAGUAGCUGAUUAACAUUGGUUUGAGGGGGUUUGACCCAGUUGUGAGGUGGCUGAUUAGAGGGAAAGCUGGGUUCAUUCAGCAUCACUGAACCUAAAACAGAGGCAAAACAACUCAGAAGAUCAGGUGCUGCAGCCAAUCAGGUUCAGAUGUAUUUCCCUAUACCCCAGGGCCUUGCGUGUGCUAACGGGCUCUAUUACUGAGCCUGACCACUGAGCUACAUUCUCAACUGUAGGUUUUUUUAAGAAGGUCUCAGGUCAAUCUCGCAGCCUAGGCUGGCUUCAGACUUAGAAUUCUGCCCUCCUCAUCUAGCUCAGAUAUGCACUUUACCCUGUGUUGCCCAAAAACAAUUUUUUACAUAAUCAUAGUUUGUUUCCAGACUGAGAAAUUACACUAGACACCAUAUUGAAUAAACUUUCCCUCGCCGUGGGUUGUUAUUUGGUGGGAUAAGGCUGUACUGGAGUUGAACCCAGGGACCUCACAUGAAGUGCUAUGUCCAUCCAUGAGGUGUUAUGUGCACUCAUUGAAUCGCAUGUUUUGUGUAUAGAUACAUGAAAUUAUAUUACAUGGCUUCCACUUACCUAAGACACGCCCUCUCUCCAUCCCUAUCCUGACAGCCCAUGGUCUUUUUACCAAUUUUUAUUUAGCAUUCUACCUUUUGAAAUGUACUUUCCUACUCCAAAUAAUAUCCUGAGAUCUACCCAAGUGUUGAGUGUGUUGGUAAUUAAUUCUUUUCUUAUUCUUUACUACCACUCCCUCCAAGUUGUUUCAAAUUGUUGUUUCCAAAGAAAAAAGGAAAAAAAAAUCCUCAUUCACGUGAAAGAUGUAGGUGUCUGCUGAAUGUGGUUGCCCUGUAUUAAAGCUUGUCUCAACUGAAAGAAACCUA